UUACUUGGAUUAGCCACUGAAUUUAUGAAUAUGAUCAAAACCCAAUUUGGUAAAGAUAUUCGUGUGAUCCGUUCUAACCCGGGCGGUGAGUUUAGUUCUAAUACAUUGCAUGCCUUGUAUCGUUCCCGUGGUAUCUUAAGUCAGAAGUCCUGUCCAAAAGUCUCCCAACAAAAUGGUUUGGUCGAGAGGAAAAAUCGUCAUGUUCUUGAGUUAACUCAUGUCUUGUUGUUAGCCUCGUCUGUUCCAUCCUGCUUUUGGCCCGAAGCGGUGGCGACUAGCGUCCGGUUGAUCAACUACCAAGUUACUAUGGUACUUGAUCAACAAAGCCCCUUCUAUGUUCUUUAUGCUCGUCAUUCUGAUUAUGAUCGUCUUCGUAUUUUUGGCUGUUUAUGCUUUGUUCUUCUUUCGAGCAAAGAACGUACCAAGUUGUCGUCUAAAAUUGCUCAUUGUUUCUUUCUCGAUUAUAGUGAUGUUCACAAGCAAUGUAGUCAAAAUUGCGUUUUAAAACUUAAGAACUUACGAUUUUACGUUUCUAGGUCACUAAAAUGUUUCUACACAAAAUCUUAGUUUUUAUAACUUAUGUAGUUAAAAAUUCCGUUUUAAAACUUAAAAAAUUACGAUUUUACGCUUCUAGAUCACCAAAACGUUUCUACGUAGAAACUCGCUUUUGACUGCAUUGUUCACAAGGGUUACUUGUGUUUUGAUCCUUCUGCUCAAUGUAUUCGUAUCUCUCAUGAUGUUGUGUUUUUCGAACACAUUAUGUUUCGUUCCUCUUCUACCGAGUCUCCUACCUUUUUGUCUCCUUCACCUUUGUUACCCUCGUUUGAUGACGAUGACUGGUUUGAUGAUAAUGAUCCUUCUACCAAUGACUUCCCUCCCAAAUCUCCUCCCCCGCACAUCCUUGGCUCGUCGCAAGACAACACAGACUUGUCUGCAUCCACCUCGACUUCUCCACCUGCGCUGAGCCCCCCUGCUGCUGGUCUUCGGUGAUCCAAUCGUAGCAACCUUGAUCAAACUCCAGUGCACAUGAAUGAUUAUAUUACAUAUGGGGUUGACGCCAUCCGCGUCCCGACCAUGUACUCUCAAGCAUGUAGUGACCCGUUAUGGGAAAGAGCCAUGACCGCCGAAAUUGAUGCCUUACAUGCGAAUCUAACGUGGUCCAUUGUUGACUGUCCACCGAAAUAUGUUCCUGUCAUUGGCAGUCGAUGGGUCUAUACGUUAAAGUUUCAUCCCGAUGGUACUCUUGAACAACCCAAGGCUCGUGUCGUUGCUCAAGGUUUCCGUCAGGAGUAUGGUAUUGAUUAUGACGAGACAUUUGCUCUGGUUGCUCGUAUGCAGAUUGUUCAUACGUUACUUGAUGUCGCCUCUCUUCAUCACUAGCCUCUCUACCAGUUGGAUGGGAAGAAUGCAUUUCUUCACGGUGAUCUACAGGAAGUCGUGUAUAUGGAAAGACCUCCUGGUUAUACUGUUGGUACUGAUGAUCAAGUUUUUCUUCUCCACCGCUCGCUGUGUUGAGUUUGACUUGUAGUGCUUCUGGGUGCGAGCGUAAUUGGAGUGCAUUUGAGAGGGUAAGUAAUAAAUUGCCUCUAUUUUCUUUUCAUCAUAUCGUUAAUUCUUUUUACAUGUGAAUAUGUGGUGAUGUGAACUCUUUUACUUGUAGAUUCAUACUAAGAAAAAGAACAAUUUUCGUGCACAAAAAAUGAAUGAUCUUGUGUAUGUUAUGUGCAACAAGAAAUUGGUGGGCGGGAAUGCCAAGAAAGCAAGAAGGCUUGAGAUCGACUUUGAGGAUAUAGACUCUGAUAAUGAAUGGAUUUGUGCUAGUGAUAAUGAAGAAGGAGAACCACAAUCUACAGAUUUAGAGGUUGGUGGUGAGGAAGGUGGUCAUACUAUUGAAGGUGGUGGUGAUGCUAUUGGUGUUGAUGCUCGAAGAGAUGAGGGGGAUCAUGAAUAUAGUAGUCCACUUGAUGUUGAUGGCAAUGGUGAUGAUGAUGAUAAUGAUGAUGAUUUGGAUGCAAAUGUGGAAGCCGAUGAAUUGAUGUAGUUUUCCUUCUAUCCUUUAUAACAUUUGUGUGCUUUGAUUGUGACGACUUGGAUUAUUAAACGCAUAUGUCAUUAUGUAAACUUAAACCAACUUGUGAGAAUUUGGAUUCUUAACUCGUUUGUGGGUUACGAUUUAUGUUUAUGAACUUAUUGUUAUGAUGUUAUGAGUUUGUUCUAAUUUAGACAUGAAUUGCAGGUAUUUUUUCUUUUAUCUAAACUCUGUGAACUCAUAUUUUACAUAGUUUAUGCUGUACUUAACAUUAUUUUAACUAUUAUACAGGAUGCAUAAAAAACUUACGCUUUUACG